UCUGCCUGCGCGCGCAAUGGAAAACUGUCAUAAUGAAUAUUGUACGUGAAAAAAUACCAUAGCGACAUUGUGUCUAGGUUAUUUUAACAAGUUUUAAAGAAAUAUAUGUAUUAGAAUUACUAGAAAUAAUAUUAAAGCAAAGUUUUUGAAGUAAAUAAGUGUCUUAUGAUGGUUUUACAUUAGUUUUUGUGGAUAUGGUGUAUUAAUUUCUUAUCUGUAUUUCGCCGGUUGGAAACUAAAGGUUAAGAUGUGGACGGUAUGCGUGCCAGGCUGGGCAGCGGCCGUGGUGGCUGGUGCUCUACUGCUGUACGGCAGUAUAGACGUAGCCUACUUCGCCAGGAUGAUGUACACUGUCGCUAAAGCACGGUACUUCAAGAAGAAAGUCUGUAUUAUGGAUACUACGGAGGUGGAAGCAUGGUGUCUUAUAAACGACAUCGACACACUUCUAUACCACAUGAACAACGCCCGCUACCUUCGGGAGCUGGACUUCGCAAGAGCUGACUUCUACGAGAGGACAGGCCUCUACGCCAAUAUCAAGGCGGCAGGCGGCGCUGUGGUUCAGGCUGCCUGCACCAUCAGAUACAGGCGGUUUCUCAAACCUUUCACCAAGUUUACUAUUACUUCUAAGGCAAUAUUCUGGGACGACAAGACAGUGUUCAUGGAACAUGAGUUCAUUGGCCCCGGUGGCUUCGUGCAUGCGAUAGCAGUAUGUCGGCAACGUGUCAUCGACACCUCUGCAGCCGCUAUAGCAGAGUUACUGCUGCAGCUGCACUGCGGAGGAUCCUGCAAACAUCCUCCAGAGAAGAUGCCUCCUGAGUUGGAGCUUUGGGUGCAAUGCAACGAGCUCAGUUCAGCUCGUCUCCGAGCACCAACCGCUCCUCUACCAGUUCUAGACGCCACCCACACUCUUGGCUGCGGAGAAAUGGUACCAGCGGCAGUUGAGUGAAGUUAUCCCUUUCACUGUCCAGCUCAGCAUACUCAUACCAAGUGCGAGUGAGACGGCAAUAGGGUAUGCUCGCUCGAUAGUGAAAUUUUUGUCAGAUGACGCGUGAACGCCGCGCGGUACGGACGUGUGUUAAAAAGGAAUUUCAAUGUUAGAAGCUCAGCUUUUGACGUUGAUUUCUUUAAAAAAGUUUGGUCAAGGGACGGAUUAUAUUAUGACGCUGUGUCCGCAGGAUAAGCAGAGGUGCUUCUGUGUAUUAACAUAAAAUGUAUCUGUAUUUAUAAGUGUUUAAAUGAUAUAAAAAAUUUAAACGAAAGCUUUUGAUUGUUUUUCGAUGUUUUGAAUAAUUUAAUCACUGACGUAUUGAUGUUGUUUUAUUGUAUAUUCGUGUGUUUGUUUUUAAAUGUCAUCACAAUGUAUUUUAUGUCCAAAACUGUAUUGGAUCAAUAUAAUUCAAUUGAAUAUGCUUGUUAGUUAUGGAAUUUGUUUAUUUGAAUGUGUUUAAUGGAUAUCAUGUUACAAAAUAUCGUCAAAUUAUGUGAUCUUCUAGCUAAGCUAGGUUAAAAUAAUUAAUAUUAAUAAAGAUGUAAGGUUUAGUUCACAUUGAGUCUAGGUUUAUUGUAACUUAAUCUUGGGAUUUCCAUGAUGUAAUCUUAUGAGAUCUUUUUCUAGAUCUAAUCCCAUAAACGGAGCUCUUUUAUGUAAGUAGUUUUUCUAGCCUGUUUGUUGGGCGAAACAUGUGUGAAAUUAAUUGAGAUGUAAAUAAGUGGAUCUUAUUUAAUCGAAUAAGGUCCAUAGGCACAAAUCCGCUAAGCAGAAAGAGAAAAUUUCCAGAUCUGGGGAAGGGAGGAAUCAAAAAUGUAUUUAUAUAAUUUGGAUUUUAAAAUGAUAAUAAAUUAUUUAGUUUUCGUCUAAUGUAACAAUAUUGCUCUGUACCCUUAGUACGAGUUUGCUUUACGUUGAACGAAAACGAAACGAGAGCACGUUCGGUGCUCUGAUUGGCCGGUGCGAAUAAACCAACCAAUCAGAACGCUAAACGCACUCUCGUUUCGAUCUCGUUAAACGUAAAACAAACUCGUACUAAGCACUCUAGUUUAUAAUAAUAUUAUGUUCUUGUCAAAUAUGACAAGUUUAUCAUUAUAUUGUAAUGUUAAAUGAAAUUAAUUACAAAUCAGAUUUCUUGGUAUGCCUCAAAAUAGAAUACUGAUUAUUAAACAGCUAGUUUAAUUUGAACUCUAAAACAUUAAAAUUAUCAAAUUGUGUUACAAGAGAGUUAGAUGUUCGACAGCUCUAAACAUUACGAAAUUCUAUCCCUUCUUUUAAGGGGGGAAAAACGUCCAAUGACUUCUCCCGCAUUGGGCUAGACAACAGAGACUAUCAGACUCUUGCUAACUAAAAACCACUCCGUUCCUACUUUUGCUUUUCAAGCCGCAGCCCCGCUAACCUAUUAGGUAGGCUGCAGCUCAAAUUUGAUACCUAGUAAGGCAAAUUAGUCAGUAUUGUCUACUUAUUAGUUUUUAUGGCUUAAAUGAUUAAACUAUGGGUUGGAUAUGGCGAUAUACCUUCAAUUGAAUUAUCAUAACUGGUUUUAAGGGUUGUCUUCUUGUCUGCCUACCCUUUUUAAGUAAAGUACCUGAUAUAGACUCAAUGUGAAUGAAUCCUCGCAAAAUCUUCACUAUAUUAAAUGUAAAUGUAUAUAUUUAUUGUUCUUAUCUAAAUAAUUAUGUAGUACAAUAAAGUUUAAAUGAGUUA